UUCUGAAAUAUCUCGCUCUCAGCCUAUAAAAUCGACUUCCCUCUCUUCGGCAAAACGCACCCUCCUCUUCUCUUCUUCCUUCUUCCUUCUUUCAUCUUUCUUACUCUUUCCUUUCUUCUUUCCGUCCGAAUAACAGGGAGAGAGAAAGAUUAAGAGAGUGAUCGGGAGAGUGAGAGUGAGAACUGGGAGGGAAAUCGACCGGAGAGGAGACCGAAACAGAGCUUAGGGGAGAGAAACUAAGAGAGAAUCAGGAACCCAUGAGAGCUGGAGACCCGAGAGAAAAGCUGAGAGAGAGACCGAGAGGAAGGUGACACGAGAGUCCGGAGAACCCGAGAUCGGAGACCCGAUCAAGCACCCCGUGACCAAUUUCACCGUUUUUUUCCGGUGGAUUUUCUGUGAAAAUCACUAAGGGUGGAGCGUUAUAGUAUGGUAUUAGAGCUGAAUGUGGCAACAGUAAAUUGGUACAGAGCUUAAAAAAAAAAAAACUGAACCCGGCCGAGGGCUUCUACUUGGAGCCGACCGGAAUGGCUCUACCAGGACUCGUACCCUUCGCCAUAACUACUACUACUACGACAGCAACAAUGGGGUCGACCACCACUUCGUUGAAGGAUCCGAGUAAGAAGAUCCGAAAACCCUACACUAUAACCAAGUCCAGGGAGAGCUGGACCGAGCUGGAGCACGACAAGUUUCUCAAAGCCCUCCAACUCUUUGACCGUGACUGGAAAAAGAUUGAAGCAUUUGUUGGGUCUAAGUCAGCUAUACAGAUACGUAGUCAUGCACAAAAGUACUUUAUGAAGGUUCAGGGGAGCGGGACAAGUGAACAUUUACCCCCACCCCGGCCAAAAAGGAAAGCCGCUCAUUCAUAUCCUCAGAAGGCUUCAAAAAAUGCUCCAGUGCUCUUACAAGUGUCGGGAUGUUUUCAAACCUCAUCUGUUCUGCUUGAAUCUGGAUAUGUGUUAAGGCCUGAUUCUUCAUCAAUGCUUGGGAGUCCUGUAACUAGUCCUGCCAUGCCGUCCUGGACAAACAACAAUGUGCAGAAGCCUAAUAUAUCUCAUGGGACAACAGCACAAAUGGGAAGCCCCGAAGGCAGCAGCUUCCCAAACCAGAUCUACUGCGUUGGGGAGGAGGUCGAAGUGAGCAGCGACAAGCCAGGGUUCAAGGGCUCGUGGUACAUGGCCACUGUCAUCGAGCCGCCCAUACCCAAGAAGUACACGAGGGCUAAGGUUGAGUACCGGACAUUGCUCACGAAAGAAGGGUCUGAGCCACUGAAGGAGUACAUCGACGAGUGCUACAUGAGGCCCAAGCCUCCCCAAGAAGAGUUUGCAGCCCAGGAUUUGGAGCUUGGCGGGGUUGUUGGUGCCUAUUGCAGGGACGGGUGGUGGACUGGUGAGGUUGUGAAGGUUCUGGGAGACUCGAGGUACAGGGUUUACUUCAAGAACCCACCAGAUGUGAUUGAGUUUGACCGAAAGGAUUUGAGGGUGCACCAAGAGUGGCUCAAUGGGAAGUGGGUUCGGCCUGACAAGCUGCAAAAGACACAGUCAAAUUUUAGCACAGGAAUGGAUGUAGAAGUGAAUGUAGAAGAAGAAAAUUUACGGGAUGCUUGGUUCCCUGCAAUUGUCAUUAUAGAAAACAAGGAUAAUACGUUUUGGGUGAAGUAUCAGAGCUCAAGAAAUGGUGAUGAGGCUGAGCUUGGGAAGGUUACUGUAGAUUUGCUCCAUAUUCGGCCUUCUCCUCCACCUCCUCACACAGACAGAAAAUAUAAUGUGUAUGAAAAAGUGGAUGCAUUUUAUAAAUUUGCUUGGCAUGCAGGCGUGAUUGCCAGAUGUGUUACUGAUACAAGGUAUCUUGUCUUUUUCAAGCAAACAAUUGAGAAUAUUGUAUUCAAUCAGUCAACAUUAAGGCCUCGUAUGCAAUGGAAAGCUGAGGAAUGGGUUAGUGGAUCUCAGGAAUUAUUACUAGCUUCAGAUUUACAAGAACAAAUGAGGAACCCUUGUAACAAUGCCAGUAACCUUGAGGUAACUGUUCAAGCUGAAAGUUAUGUUAUUGCAAGAGAUAACAUGGAUGAGAGUACACCCCUUUCUACAAAUUCUCUGAAGAAUUUGAUGGAGCAGUCAAGUCCUAAUGAUGGAACAGUAGUUACCUGUGCCUUGGCACCAAGCAUGAGGAAAAUAAAACUGCCCAACCCUAAGGGUAAUGCUACACAGAUACAUCCUUCAAAAAAGUUGAAAACAACGAUUACCUCAGAGGCCCUAUUAUCCGCUUCAACUUGUCAAUUAAGGAAGAAGCGAAGCAAAAUAUCAAGAAAAGUAUUGUCUAGAUCGGCUCUGCCAAAUAGUGGAGGUAAACAACAGAGACACUCGGGGGUCCUUGGCAAUCAACCUUUAACUACAACUGAGAGCCUUAUUCGCAGAGGGAAAGUUUGGAAACGACAGAAGUUUUGUAAAUUGGAGUCAUUGGACAGUAACAAAUCUAGUCCUGUAAAUAAGAGGGGAAGACGUCCAAAGUCACUGGUUAAAAGCCCACCGCCUUCAGCAGCAUGUGGUGGCACUGCAGAAGAAAUUGUGCUUGAGGGUAUUAGGAAAGAAGCUGAAAUGCCUAUCAUCUUGGGGUUGGAAGCUAAGGAAAUAGAUCAGCAGAAAUCUGAGGGAAACAGUACUAAAAGAAAGAGAGGAAGGCCCCAUAAAUUUGUUGUCACUAGCUCAAAAGCUUCAGAUGAAGGUAAGGAGCAGAAUGGAGUUGAAGGCACUGAAAUUGUUGUAGAAGAUCAUCCAACUCAAGCAGUUGCUUCGUAUAUACUUACUGGGGGGAAAUCUGCAGACUCUUAUGACGUCUCAAGAAUACAAUUAGCUGAAGUUUCUGCGACAAAUUCCACGGCAGAUGAUGUUGGUAUGACAAGCGUUGCAGCACUCGGCAAUAUGGACAUUGAUGACCAACCUCUAGCCACAUGGAUUGGUGGAACGUUGCAGUGCCCAACAAGUGGCAAAGAGUCAAAACUAUCACCUGGUAGGACCGUUGAUGAAUGCAAUGAAGCAAGAACACAACAACCUGAUAUUGUGCAAGUUCCUGAAACUGUUGCCACAGGUGACUUGGUGUUGGAUGGGAAUAGAGAAUUGCCAUUUGAGAAGACCUCGCCACUCUGGAAGACAAUUGAAUCUAUGGAAAUAUUCAGAAUAAUGCCUCAAGAUCCACACUUUCUUCCUUUGAGUAAAUGUAGCAAGGUGUAUCGUGAGGGAUUGGCUAUUGGUAAUAUAGUAACCUUUUCCAGUUUGGUUGAGAAAAUACCCAAGUUGCAACUUGAUGAUCCUAGAAGCAUUUUUGCUAGCUAUAUGGAGAGUCUUCUUGACUUGGAAAAGCUUGGAUUUGAUGUUGCUGUUUUCCGAGGUCGUAUUAAUGAAAUGCUAUCAAUUAUAGAUACGCAAGGGCAGAUUCUGAAUGAGUCAAAAGAUGCUGAGGGCAAGAUAUUGCGUUGUAGUCGUGAGAAAAUAGAAAUGGUUGAAGAGAUGGUCAAAAUUGAGAAGCAGAUAGCUGAGUUACAGGAAAAACAUGCAUUAAUCAAGUCAGAAAAGGAGAGUAAAGAACUUGAAAUUAACAUCUUGCAGGUGCGUGUGAAUGCAAUCAAUGAAGACAUUCAGAGCACCCGGCUUGGUUUUGAAAAGCUUGCCUCUGCACCUUGGAAGUCGGUAUGAUGCCGGCUCUCUUAAUGGUAUCCUCUCUCUGGGCAUUCCCUCAAUGUUCAUGACCCCUGGAGGCGCUGUGUAACUGAUCAUAGAAGUAGUUCAACUUAUAACAUUAGAGUAGUGUUCAUAGAAGUUGGUAUUUCUGACCUCUUACGUGGAUUUUUUUCUGAGUCCUUUUUGUUUUUAUAUCUAGUCUUAAGAUGCCACAUCUCAGUGAUUGAUGGCCGGUGAUUGACGGUAUUUGCUCAUGACCUUUGUUGUCUAAAAGAAAUAAUGUAUCAAUGGUAGUUGAGUCUUUCACUAAAGUA